CUUAUGUACGCCACUGGUUUUGGUGUUACAGCAGGGGCACAUCGUCUCUGGGCACAUAGAUCGUAUAAGGCCAAGUGGCCACUUCAAAUAUUAUUGCUUAUCUUCAAUACCGUUGCGUACCAAAAUUCUGCAUAUGAGUGGGCUCGAGAUCAUCGCGUACAUCACAAGUAUACUGAGACCGAUGCAGAUCCUCACAAUGCAAUGCGUGGUUACUUUUUCUCGCAUGUCGGGUGGCUAAUGUGCAAAAAGCACCCCGAGGUGAAGGCCAAGGGUAAAUGCAUAGAUAUGACAGAUUUGGAAAAUAAUCCACUGGUUAUGUUUCAACAUAGACAUUAUGACAUUUUGAUGCCCUUGUUAAGCUUUGUUCUUCCCACGAUAAUACCCAUGUUCUUGUGGGGUGAAACCAUGAAAAAUGCCUGGCAUGUUUGCGCUCUCUUUCGUUGGUUUAGUUCUGUUAAUUGGACUUGGUGUAUAAAUAGUGUCUGUCAUUUGUAUGGCAAUAAACCCUAUGAUAAAGACUAUAAUCCUGGUGAAAAUGGAGGUAUAUCCCUUUUUACAUUUGGCGAAUGUUAUCACAACUAUCACCAUGUCUUUCCUUGGGAUUAUAAGACUGCUGAAUUUGGUGGAUCGCUGAAUAAUUUGAGUGCCUGGUUUAUUGAAUGUUUCUCCAUGAUUGGCUGGACAUAUGAUUUGAAAACCGUUCCCAAAGACAUUGUCAUGCAACGUAUUAUGCGUCGCGACGGAAGUCAUCCAAUUUGGGGUUGGGGCGAUAAAGAUCAAAGUGAGGAAGAAAUCAAAAGUGCAAUAAGACUUAAGAAAAAAUCAUGA